AUGAAAGAGGAAUAUAUUUCGCCUUGCUUCAAAGCUCCUACUGGUGAGAAUUUGAGAGCAUCCGCAUCAGUCGUCAACUUAGUGCGGAUUAAGGCACUUAAUCCGACUGCGCAACCGCAUCAGGUCAGAUUAAGACAGGAUCAAAAAGAUCCAGAUCUCCAUUUGGAGCUAGUCGGGUCUAAAUUUAGCACCCGGAGGAUCAAAGUAGAUGAUAUCCACGCCAUCAACUCCAUCGACACCAUUGACACCAUCAACACCAUCGACACCAUUGACUCCAUCGACUCCAUCGACUCCAUUGACUCCAUCGACUCCAUCAACUCCAUCAACACAAUCGACUCAAAAGCGGACUCUCCCAAUCGAUCAGAGGGGACCUCACAACAUCAAUCGGGUGAACACUCUGGAAUGUGUCGAUGCGAUCAGCUGGACCCUCUCAUGAUUGGCCAAUCCUGGUCAACAUGAAUCCUCUGACUCAAACCUGACCGAACUGUACUCAGAUCACCUGGCGCGAAUCAAUCCAGUGUUGUUGUAAUUGUUUAUAUCUUUCCAAUUCACCUCUUUUCACAAUCUCAUAACUCUCACAAAUAUACAUAGAGAUACAUUUUUCUAGCUUGUUUGAACCAAGAAAAGAAGCCUCGAUUUGUCUCCGCUUGUUU